AUGGCGUCAGCUGUGCUAGCUAAUAGGAGCGAACCGAACUGGAUGCAGCCACAGCCGGUCGGCGUUGCGAAGCUAAUGGGCAAAUAUCCUUUGUCUAACUCUAACCCAAACCCUAAAUUCUCAAAGAAGCGGCACCUUCAGGCGUUACCCUUGGCGGAUCUCGACGAAUCUCCAGCCUUCACGCAGUCCGCUGCGUCUGAUGACGCGUCUUCUAUCAAUCGGAGACCUAAUGAUUUAAACACAGCAGGCUUCGUUACUUUCAACAUCUCUUCCUAUUCGAGAAAGGAGCUGGUGGAGUUGAAGGAUCGAUUUGUGGCUGAGCUGUAG